AUUUUAGUCAUGGCAACAUUUGAUAAUUAUGAAGAACCUAUGGUUAUCAUUGUUGGUGGUGGGCCUGGUGGUCUUGCUACAUCUGCAUGUCUAAAUAAAUUAUGUAUACCAAAUCUCAUUCUUGAAAAAGAAGAUUGUUACUCUCCUAUGUGGAAAAAAUAUUCUUAUGAUAGGGUUCAUCUUCAUUUAGCUAAACAAUUUUGUCAACUUCCUUAUAUUCCUUUUCCUUCUUCUUCACCUACUUAUAUACCAAAAAAACAAUUUAUUCAAUACUUGGAUGACUAUGUUACUCAUUUUAAUAUCACCCCUUUUUACAAAAGAAAAGUUGAAUUUGCUAAAUUUGAUGAAUUUACUAAAAAAUGGAAUGUUAAGGUUAGAAAUGGUAAUUCUGAUGAAAUGGAAGAGUAUUUUUGUAAAUUUCUUGUUGUAGCUACUGGUGAAGCUAGUUACCCUUUUACCCCUGAUGUCCCUGGAUUGGCAAGUUUCACUGGAGAUGCUUUUCAUUCUACUCAAUACAAAAAUGGUGAGAAGUAUAAGGGUAAAAAUGUCCUAGUUGUUGGUUGUGGAAAUUCAGGCAUGGAAAUUGCACUUGAUCUUGCUAAUAAUGGUGCUAAUACUUCCAUCAUUGUUCGAAGCCCGAUGCACUUGAUAUCAAGAGAAAUGGGAUAUUUGGGGUUGAUGUUGUUGAAGUACAAAGUUGCAUAUACAGUGGUGGAUACUAUAAUGGUGAUGUUGAGUAAGUUAAUGUAUGGAGAUAUAAGCAAGUAUUAUGGUGUGAAAAGGCCAGAAGAAGGACCAUUUGCUUGUAAAAUAAAGUAUGGGAAGUACCCUGUUUUUGAUGUGGGGACUUAUCGAAAGAUCAAGUCUGGUGAAAUUCAGGUGUUACCUGCAAUGAAAAGCAUAAGAGGAAAUGAUGUUGUGUUGGAAAAUGGUAAAAUUCAUCAAUUUGAUGGUAUUGUUUUUGCUACUGGUUUUAAGAGAACUACUCACAAUUGGCUUCAGGGAGAUGAUUAUCUGUUGAAUGAAGAUGGAUUACCAAAGCCAGAAUUUCCACAACAUUGGAAGGGGAAGAAUGGACUCUAUUGUGUGGGGUUAUCAAGAAGAGGACUUUAUGGGAUUGCAUUUGAUGCCCAAAACAUAGCCACACAUAUCAACUCUCUGCUCUCUAAAUAAUUAUUUAUUGCUUUUGUUGAGUGAAAGUUUUUAGAGUCUUAGACAUGAAGGGAUGUGAAUGUUGGUUAGUUAAAUUAAA